AUGUAUGUAUGCUUAUCUUUCGAUUAGCUGCCGUGCAGGAUGCUUGUCAGGGUGAGGCUGACUAAGGUGCUUUUUCAACAUUACAACAGCCCGUAUGAAACACGGAACCUUCCUUGUGUACGCCCGUGGUGUGUCAUCAGAGACGCCGGGCUUAAUAUAAUCACAGUGAAGAGAGCGCCAAGCAAACGUCAAACGCUAUUCUUCCUGGAGCAGGUCGGCCACGGGGGAGCACUGUUCAGGCGGCCUGAGCGGUGUACGAGCGCGUCGUCGCCUCCCUGGAUACCAGCGACGCGCACAAACCGUCGAAGAAGCCUCGGGGGAGUCUGGCCACCGACCGACCGACGCUCCGGUGCAGGGCGGUACCACAAAGCGGCCCGAGACGGCUACCUGGACCUGUUAAAGGAGGCCACCCGCAAGGACCUCAACGCGCCGGACGAGGAUGGCAUGACACCGACGCUAUGGGCGGCCUAUCACGGGAACCUGGAGGCUCUCCGGCUCAUCGUGGCGAGGGGUGGGAACCCUGACAAGUGUGACAUAUGGGGCAACACGCCACUCCACCUCGCCGCUGCCAAUGGUCACCACAACUGCCUUUUCUUCCUGGUGUCAUUUGGUGCCAACAUAUGGUGCCUGGAUAAUGACUACCACACGCCGCUUGACAUGGCGGCCACCAAGAGUCAUAUGGACUGCGUCCGCUACCUGGACUCCAUCGCCUCCAAGCAAAUGGGGCUCAACCCCAAACUGGUGAACAAGCUGAAAGAGAGGGCGUUUCGAGACGCCGAGAGGCGCAUCAAGGAGUGCGCCAAGAUGCAAAAGAAGCACCACGAGCGCAUGGAGAAGAAGUACCAUAAGGAGGUGCCCGAGGCAUCCGUGUCAGAUGUCAUGAGUUUUUCCAGUUACAGCAGCGGCUCUGUCAGCCACAAGGUGCACGACUUCAACGCAGCCGCCGUCAGUGUGCCAUAUUCACAGGCUACUCUUCAAGCCACAAACCGCGGGAAGACAAAGAUCCAGAAGAAGCUGGAGAAAAAGAAACAAGGAGAUGGGACCUUCAAGAUCUAUGAGGAUGGGAGGAAGAGCGUGCGCUCCCUCUCUGGACUCCAACUGGGCAAUGACGUCAUGUUCCUCAAACCCGGAACAUAUGUCAAUCCGAAGGAAUAUGGCCGCCGCAACAUCCGUGAAAUGUUCCCCAGAGACCACAACGACGACGCCAUUUCACGUGCCAUCAGCGAACCGGACCUCCACGGGACCAACGCUGAUCACUCGGAGGUCAGCACAGACUCGGGACACGAUUCCCUGUUCAACCGGCCCGGUCUGGGCACCAUGGUCUUCAGGAGGAACUACGUGAGUGGGGGGAUGUUUGACCUGGGCGAUCCAGACGCAGCUGACGGCUCGGGUAACACGGUGCAUCUGCGCAGCAGACUGCACCCUCACCGCAGCCUGGAUGAAGACAGCAUCGGAAGUGCUCGCAGCCUACAGGAGAGGAACCUGGACGAGCUUCCUUGGGAGGAGGUGGAAUUGGGGCUGAACGAUGACGACGAGGCCCUCACCAGCCCUCUGGAGGUCUUUUUGGCCACGCAGAGCAUGAGCGAGUUCUUCUCCAUCUUUAGGAGGGAGAAGAUCGACCUCCAAGCACUGCUGCUCUGCUCUGACCAUGAUCUCAAGAGCAUCCACAUCCCAUUAGGACCCAGGAAAAAGAUCUUAGAUGCCUGUCAGAGACGUCUUGAGACCAUAGAGGACCCGGAGUGCAUUGAAGACACUGAACUGUAA